CAUUAGUUUUCCGAAGGUAUAUGGUUUUUGGUAUCUUCUUGGUUGAGAAAUAUAUAAAUAUAUAUAGACACCCCAGCUGGCCUCUUAUAUAAAUUAAAGAUCAGAGAUCGAUCAUAUUUAAGUUGAUAAACAGUUUUAAAGAUGAAAGAAACCACCGUGAUCAUCGUGGGAGCCGGGCCGGCGGGGCUGGCCACCUCUGCAUGCUUGAAGAAGGCGUCCAUUCCCAACAUAGUUCUUGAGAGGGAAGACUGCCUGGCUUCUCUGUGGAAGAGGCGAUCGUACGAUCGCCUCCAUCUCCACCUUGCCAAGGAGUUCUGCUCCUUACCUCACAUGCCCCACUCCUCCACUAGCCCCACUUACAUUCCCAGAGACUCCUUCGUUCGCUACCUCGAAGACUACGCUUCCGCAUUCGGGAUCAUCCCCGAGUACAACCGCUCCGUGGGGCGUGCGUCUUUCCACGACGGCAAGUGGCGCGUGGUGGCCCGCCGUGUUAACGAGGAAAAGAUUAAUAAUGAUGGGGAGGAGGAGGAAGAGGAUGUGUAUGUGGCUCCCUUUCUGGUGGUCGCUACGGGCGAUAACGCUGAACCCUAUAUCCCGGCUCUGGCAGGGAUAGAGCGGUUUGAGGGAGAGGUUCUUCACUCCAGUGACUACAAGUCCGGGGUGAAGUAUCAAGGGAAGAGUGUGCUCGUCGUUGGCGGGGGUAAUUCCGGCAUGGAGAUUGCUUAUGAUCUCUCUAAUCAUGGAAGCCAUGCAUCAAUCGUUGUUAGGAGCCCGGUCCAUAUAUUCAGUAGAGAAAUGAUACGCGCGGGAAUGAUUUUACUGAAAUAUGUGCCACUCUAUAUGGUGGACGCCGUUAUUUCAUGGUAUGCGAAACUCAAAUACGGAGAUUUGUCGAAAUAUGGAUUACGCGCUCCCGCACACGGCCCAUUCUACCUCAAAUCACUGACGGGGAGAUCUCCGGUCAUCGACGUCGGCACUGUAAGCAAGAUUAAAGCAGGAGUGAUUCAGGUACUACCUGGGAUUUCUGUUAUCAAGGAACAUAGUGUCGUGUUUGGGAACGGGCAUGAACAAACCUUUGAUGUGGUUGUGUUUGCCACCGGAUACACAAACUCCGUCAGGAAAUGGCUUCAUCACUAUGAUGAGUUACCCAUCAAUGAAACACUACAUAAUGUUGAUGAGCAUGUAAAUGGGAACAACACAAUUAAAUCGAAGAAGAUAUAUCCAGCAGCAAGGUGGAAGAGUGAACAGAUCAAGGGGUUAUAUAUGGCUGGGUUCACAAAGAAAGGGCUAAUGGGCAUAAAGAUGGAUGCAGAAGCUAUUGCUGCCGACAUUGGGAUGGCAAUCACAGAGCUGCAGCUAAAGGCAUAGACCGAGACAGGAUCCUGGCCGCAAUUUUGACCUAGCUUACAUAUUCUCUCCUCUGUUUUUUUCUUUCUUUUUCACAAUUACGGAGUAGCUGUCUUUCACCCCUUCCAUUCCUUCCAAUAUAUACUAUACAAUUCG